AUGGCUCGACAACUGUCUUACCUCGCGGAGAAACAUGGCCUGCUACCGAACAGCCAGUUCGGCGGACGCCCGGGCAGGACCACGGAGCAAGCCUUACUGGUGCUAUCCAGCGCGAUCGACCAAGCCUGGUACAAAUACAAGGUGGUGACCCUGAUUGCGUUCGACCUCAAUAGCGCUUCCAAUAGAGUGACCAGGAAAUGGAUUACCAGUUUCAUGAGCGACCGGCACGCCAACAUUGGAUUUGACGAUUUCCGUACCGAGACGGAACUAUUAGUACAUGCAGGUCUAGCGCAAGGCUCGCCGCUCUCUCCCAUCUUGUUUGCAUUCUUCAAUGCCGACCUGGUUGACCAGCCCGUCAACUCACACGGAGGCGCGUCGGCAUUCAUUGACGACUACUUCCGAUGGCGAGUGGGCAGCUCAGUCGAAGGAAACGUAGCCAAGAUACAAUCCGAAGAUGUCCCUCGCAUCGAGGAGUGGGCGCGGCGGACCCGGGUCCUGCUUCGCCGCGGAGAAGACUAA